UCAGAUGAAAUGACAAUGAUUAAAAUCAGCUUCUCCCCCGCCCCCUCCGCGAGCCCGGAGGAGGCCCGGGCGCCGCGUGGCCGGCCGGCGGGGGGCGGGGGGCUGGGCCGCGGAGCGCGCGGGCCUGGGCGCACCGCUCCGGGCAGGGUCCCGGCGGCGGCCCCGGCGGGAAGGCGCGGGCUCCGCGACAGGCGGGCGGGGAUCGCCGGGCGAGAGGAGGGGAAGCGGCGCAUUCUUGUCGCUGAGCGCGGCAGGCGCGGGCGCGCGGAGCUAAUUGCGACUCUAAUCCUCUGCCCCGCGGCGCAGCCGAGCCCCGAGCCAGGAGUCGCCGCGCGCGCCCGCUCGCGCUCGCCGCGCUGGGUCAUUCGCAGCCGGCUCGCUGCCCUUUGCGUCCGGGCCGGGCCGCGGCGAGACGCCGGCCACGGGCUGGGGCGGGGGGCUGGCUGUCUCUCCAAGCCAUCGGGGGAGGCCGCUGGAGAGAGAGGAGGGAGGAGAGGAGGUGGGAGCGGCAGGAGGGCAGCGAGAGAGCUGCGCGAGGAGGAGGCGGCGGCGGCGGCGGCCGCGAGGAGGGGAGGAGGCGAGGGGAGGGCGGGGAGGGGAGGCCCCGGCGCGCCGCGCCGCGAGGGGCCGCGCGGAGCGGGGGCCGGGGCGGGAGGGGUGGGUGGGGGGAGGGUUGGGGGCGAGAGAGAAAGUAACUCCAGGACGAGACCGGAGCGACCCGCGCGGCGAGCACAGGCGGCCAGGCUGAGCGCGGCGCCCGAGACCGGCGGCUGCGGGGGGCGGGGGCUGCGUCCGAGCCCGAUCCGCCGCUCCGGCUCCGAGCUGUGGUGUCGAGGGAAGGGUCGCCGGCCAGCCCCGAUGCAUUUGUCGGAGGGAGCACUGGAGACUCGGGGUGAGGCGCAUUGCCUGGGGCUUCCGAUGGAAGCAGGAAACAUGUCCCGGCUGUCUCUCACCCGGUCGCCCGUGUCUCCCCUGGCCGCCCAGGGCAUCCCCCUGCCAGCUCAGCUCACCAAGUCCAACGCGCCAGUCCACAUUGACGUCGGCGGCCACAUGUACACCAGCAGCCUGGCCACGCUCACCAAGUACCCUGACUCCAGAAUAAGCCGCCUCUUCAACGGCACCGAACCCAUCGUCCUGGACAGUCUGAAGCAGCAUUAUUUCAUCGACCGGGAUGGCGAGAUUUUCCGCUACGUCCUGAGCUUCCUGCGCACGUCAAAGCUGCUUCUCCCCGAUGACUUCAAGGACUUCAGCCUGCUGUACGAGGAGGCACGGUACUACCAGCUGCAGCCCAUGGUGCGUGAGCUGGAGCGCUGGCAGCAGGAACAGGAGCAGCGGCGCCGCAGCAGGGCCUGUGACUGCCUGGUGGUGCGCGUCACGCCAGACCUGGGGGAGCGCAUCGCGCUCAGUGGUGAGAAAGCCCUCAUCGAGGAGGUCUUCCCUGAGACCGGUGACGUCAUGUGCAACUCGGUCAACGCUGGCUGGAACCAGGACCCCACGCACGUCAUCCGCUUCCCGCUCAACGGCUACUGCAGGCUCAACUCGGUGCAGGUCCUGGAGAGGCUGUUCCAGAGAGGCUUCAGCGUGGCUGCUUCCUGCGGGGGCGGCGUGGACUCGUCCCAGUUCAGCGAGUACGUGCUGUGCCGGGAGGAGCGGCGGCCGCAGCCCACCCCCACAACCGUGCGGAUAAAACAGGAACCCCUGGACUAGGCCCUGCCUCAGGGCCGGCCUGAGGCUUCUUGGCCCUGGGGACCCCCAGGGACCUGGAAACAGUGCUGGGGCAUUCUGCCUGCUCGCGCCUCACCUUGGCCAUGAGACUGAGGGUGGGGCUGGCCCCGGAGGGCAGGGCCCCAGGUGUCAUGGCAACAGCAUGUGGGCCGCUGGAGGCGUGCCCACCCGAGGACUGUUGGCGUGACCCAAAGAUGCCGUGGUGGGGAGCCCACUGCCAGCUCUCCCAGCGGCUCGGCCCGGCCCGGACGCCUGGCACCGUGUCCCCCUCCGAGGUCGGCAGAGGCGUCCUCCGCUACUUGGGAGCAGCUGUGUGUCCUUCUGCGCGUGCGUGGCGGGCUCCGGUAGGUCUCGCGUCAGAGGUGGCUUAUUUUUCUACAGUAUUGACAGCGGAAGGAAGGGUCGCCUCACGAGCCAGGGAGGCCACGAGGGUCAGCGCUGCUUUAAUCUGGUGCUCCGCUCCCAGUGGGACACGCUGCGGGGCUCUGGGGACACAGGCAGGGAGCACAGGGCUGCGGGGGCUGAAGUAGAGCCCCCGGAGGGGCAGGGCAGCUGGGAGGAGGGCACUGGGGCCCGGGUGGGUCUGUCACCGUCUGAGGCCCUCCCCUCUGCUGCUUCCGGGGGCUCAGGUCGCACUUGGUGGGUCACUUAGCCCACGAACGCCCAGGGACUCCGGUCCCGUCUGCGUGUACUCACACCUGGGCUCCUAGGGGACGUCUCUCCCGGUCCGGACCACACCUUACCUCAGGAAUGGGCCCCACCGUGAAGGGGCCCAUGGGUCAGCAGUGCCCCCUGGGUCCCCAGCUCAGGGAGCCAUCCCCAGCUCCAGUUUUCCCACCCAAUAUGCACACUGAGUUUUAAAGACACUUCUGACACUAGUCUGGCCGCCAGACCCCACCUCGGGCCGGUGGUCCGGGAUUCCGGCCCCAAGAGGUCCUCCCAGACGACAGGCCCAGCCAGAGGUGGCCACCCCCCGGCCCGGCCACCCCAUCCCACGUGCUGGCUCUUGCCAGGUGUAGCAAGCACGGAGAACUAGAGGAUGGGCCGCCCUGUGUACAAUGCUGUAGACUUGUAUAUGACUCCUUUAAUAUUGUAAAGACGCUGAUGCACCACUGUUGUUUGUGUAAACACGUUCCGUUCCUAGUUCACGCCGUGAGUGACGUGGUAAAGCAAAGCGAAAGACUGAAGCCUGGUGGUGGUUGUGGUGCAGGGAGGUUCGGGGUGAGAAUCUGCCCUCAGCACAAAUGCGGGAGCGAAUGGCCGCGGUGGCGGGGUGGGGGGUGCACUGGCCCUGUUCCCCCCUGCCCUGGGGGGGAGUUAUUUAUUGCAUUUGGGUGUUCCCUUGCUGCUUCUGCCCGCCCCUUCUGGGCAGCACAGACUCUGACUUCUGAUUCACAACCCCUAAUCGGAUGCGAGCCAGGGAGAAGCAGACAGGUGGUGUCCGGCAGCUUUUGAGCGCAGUCUUAAGUGUGGGGCAUUUUCUGUCUCGAUCGGGCGCAACUCCACUUGCGAGGCCUCCACCGCAGUGUGAGAGGGGUGGCCGGCCAUGGCUGAGGCCAGCCAGGGGGCCGGGGCCAGCUGGGAGGACCACAGAUCACUUGGGAGCCCAGGAGACUUGGUGUGAAGGAGGUUGAAGGUAUCCCCGCAGGCUCCAAUCUCCCCGAGUCUUUGAGUGUUUUCCCGCAAAGCUCACGUUCUGUCCCCUGGGACCCCCCUUUCCGUGGCCUCUAAGGGCCACCAGCCUCAACCUGCCUCCCAGGCCGGGAGCACAGAGCAGCUGCUUCCUGUGUGAGGCCCCAGAGCAGACGCCGCCCCACCGUGCAAUCUAAUUUGCUGGGCAAACUCGCUGGGCUUCUCGGCUUAGCAACGCGCCCACAGUUGGCACAGCUGCAUUUUGGCAUCUGAGGCUCCCAUCGGAAAGGAGGAGAAAGUGUUGUGUUCAUUAGGAAGGAAGUCUUGUGCAAACAGCUCCGUGCUGUGUGCUUGCGCGCGGGCGCACAGAGUUGUCUGGUCUAACGCGGCCGGCGUGGCUACCCACGGGCUGAGGCUCUCCAGCAUUCCCGAGCAAACCAUCUUUUUGACUAAAUCAUUGUGCUCAGAAAGAAGAGGAAGGACUUACUUAAAUGCUACUCUAAUUUAUUUAUUUCUUCACUAAUUAAGUAAAAUCCAGAAGUAUGAUUUUGACGUCAACUGGAGAAUUUCUGAAUUAGGGAAGCACUGUGCUCUCUCCUAGUAGAGAUUCACAGUCCCCAUAGACAUGCAGGACAAAUUAUGGAUUCCUUGAAAGCAUUUUUAUACUUCCUGGAAUGAAUCUAUUAUUAAGCAAUCUUUUGGUCAAAUACCAGCAGUGUCAAUGUUUCUUCUGCUCUUUGUAAACCUCCAAGCGAGUUUUUCUUGAUGGCCAAGGGACUGGACAGAGAGCCCGGCCACUGCUGACUUCCGUCUCCGUCUCCCAGUGCACCUCUGCCAACGCAGGCGGCCCUGCCACCGGCCCCCUCAUCGGGGGGAGCCCCAAGCCAGGUCACAACACUUAAUACUAUCUUUUAAAGAGUGUGUUGGUUUUUUUUUUAAAGCUACUACUUGACUGUGUUCCUUAGAAUAAAUAAAUGGUAUUUUAUAAAUUA